GGUGGGGUCGAAUAAUCGCGUGCCGGCGAGAUAGCUUUGUAACGUAGGCGCUCGUUAUCGUUCACGGGGGCGCGCUAGUGGCCACUAAUCCGUGCAUGCAUCGGAAACACCCUCGGUGACGACGCCAGGGAGGAGAGACGAGCCUGGAUGCUGGAAUAUGUGAGGGGAAUGCAGGAUAUGCACGAAUAAUCCUGCAUUUAGCUGUUCGCGAAAGCAGUCUGCGCUGCGUUGUGGCGGGGAUGCGUGACUAAGAGUGGACAGGAACACCCUUCACCAGGCGGUGCGGUGCCAAAACGAUCAGCGUAUGGCUGGACGCAAACAAGCCGGUCUGCCGAAGGCUACAGAUAAAGGGCUCCGUAUGUGCAGGCCAGAGUAAAAGACUAAAAGGGUUUUAGUCGUGGGUGACCAUGUUCUGAGAGGUGAUGAAGCCGCCACCGACGUCCAGACGGCUGCGGUUCCUCCGUCGCCUCUGUCUAUGUGCUGGACUCGCCGCCGUCAGCUGGGUUCUUCACACAACAGGUUCUGCAGGGUUUGCAGAGCAUCCCAUAAAGGACUCGGACUUCAAUAGGUCGAAGCGAACGCUAACUCAGCAGACUGGAGAGGAGAACCAGACGUCAGGCAUUCCCCGAACCGCGAUCAGUGAGUUUCCCGAGGACGUCUUCACUAAGGAGCAGAGGAGGCAGGGUGCAGUGCUUCUGCAUGGCUUCUGUGCUGUUUACAUGUUCUACGCCCUGGCGAUUGUCUGCGACGUGUACUUUGUGCCGUCUCUGGAGAAGAUCUGUGAGAACCUGCACCUGAGCGAGGAUGUGGCAGGGGCCACCUUUAUGGCAGCAGGCAGUUCCGCUCCGGAGCUCUUUACCUCUCUGAUUGGUGUGUUCAUCACUAAGGGAGACGUGGGAGUCGGUACCAUCGUGGGCUCUGCCGUCUUCAACAUCCUGGUCAUCAUCGGCGUGUGUGGCAUCUUUGCUGGACAGACCAUCCUUCUCACUUGGUGGCCCCUGUUCCGUGACUCUGUUUACUACAUCUUCUCUGUGCUGGCCUUGAUUCUGAUCAUUUACGAUGAGAAAGUUCUCUGGUGGGAGACUCUAGUGCUAAUAUUCAUGUACGGAGUUUACAUCCUCAUAAUGAAGUUUAACAGCCAGAUCUGGGGCUGGGUGGAGCAGCGGUGUGGGGUCCCCGGGCAGCCGUGUUUGGCGAGCAGCCUGCGUCGAGAUCUGGCAGUAGGAGAAGUGACAGCCCACAGUGACACCUCCAUGAUACUGAUGAAGAAAGGUCAGUGUGCAGGCGACCAGGACUCGCCCGUGGUGAUGGUGGAUGAGCUGGUGAGCCUACACCCACACCAGAUCUCCUUCUCAGAGGCAAGCCUCCGUGUCAUGAUCACGCCCCACUUCUCCCCCCGCACACGCCUCAGCAUGGCCGGACGCAUGCUCAUCACCGAGAGGCAGAGGCUGAUAAGGAACCGGAGCUCAGGGGACAGCAGCGCCGAGGGAGCAAACCAGGAGAGCCCGGGCAGGGAGGCGGGGCCCUGGGGGCUGGAGAACGGAGACGCCGCAGAGAGCGAGACGCAGCCGCUGGAGGAGUCCACAACGAGGGUGGCGCAGCUGGACGACAGUGCGCAGCCCAAAGAGGAAGACGAGGAGGAGGACGUGGAGGAAGGACAGCCCUUCAGUCCGUUUAUUGUGCCAGGAGGGUGCUGUGAACGGGUGAAAUGGUUGUUCUCGUGGCCUUUACGCUUCCUGCUCUACUACACUGUGCCCAGCUGUGUGCUGCCCCGCUGGGAGCACUGGUUUAUGGUCACCUUCGUGGUCUCCACGCUCUGGAUUGCAGUCUUUUCCUACCUCAUGGUGUGGAUGGUCACCAUUAUCAGUUUCACACUGGAUAUCCCAGAUGUUAUUAUGGGAAUCACGUUUUUAGCAGCGGGUACCAGUGUCCCAGACUGCAUGGCUAGUCUUUUAGUUGCUCGCCAAGGCAUGGGAGACAUGGCCGUCUCAAACUCAAUAGGCAGUAAUAUCUUUGACAUUCUUCUGGGCCUUGGCUUUCCAUGGGCUCUGCGCACGUUGGUGGUGGAUUAUGGCACAACAGUCUCCAUCAACAGCAGGGGCCUGUUGUAUUCAGUCAUUCUGCUUCUUGCCUCGGUGUUUCUCACUGUGGUGAGUGUGCAUCUGAACCGCUGGAGGCUGGACCGCAGGCUGGGCCUGGGCCUCAUUGUCCUGUAUGCCGUCUUUCUCCUCUGCUCCAUCUGCUUUGAGAAGCUGUAGACCAGGCCAGACCCAACCAG